CUCUGGGAACUGUAGCUCACGCAUUAGAAAAGACCAAGUAUGAAGAUUCAGAUGUCAAGUGGAAGGACCUUGACCCCAAAUAUCAUUUCUCAUGCCAGUUCAUGGCUGAUACAAUUGCAAUGAAUGCAGCAGAUUUCAUCAUCACCAGUACAUACCAGGAAAUUGCUGGAAGCAAAGAUAGACCUGGACAGUACGAAAGCCAUGCUGCAUUUACACUUCCAGGGCUCUGUAGAGUUGUUUCAGGAAUAAACGUAUUUGAUCCGAAAUUCAACAUAGCUGCACCUGGGGCUGACCAGUCUGUCUAUUUCCCUUUUACGGAGAAAAACAAAAGACUCAAUCAAUUUCACCCUGCCAUUGAAGAGCUACUUUACAGUAAAGUGGAUAACAAUGAGCACAUUGGAUCUUUAUCAGACAGGAGAAAACCCAUCAUCUUCUCAAUGGCAAGGCUUGAUGUUGUGAAGAACUUAUCUGGUUUGGUUGAGUGGUUUGGGAAGAAUAAGAGAUUGAGAAACUUGGUAAACCUCGUCGUAGUUGGAGGCUUCUUUGACCCUUCAAAAUCCAAAGACAGGGAGGAAAUAGCAGAAAUAAAAAAGAUGCAUGCUUUAAUUGAUAAGUACCAGCUAAAGGGUCAAUUCAGAUGGAUUGCUGCACAGACGAACAGAUAUCGCAAUGCUGAACUCUACCGAUGCAUCGCUGACACCAAAGGAGCUUUUGUGCAGCCUGCUUUAUAUGAAGCAUUUGGACUUACUGUCAUUGAAGCAAUGAACUGUGGCUUGCCCACAUUUGCUACAAAUCAAGGAGGUCCAGCUGAAAUUAUUGUUGAUGGAAUCUCCGGAUUCCAUAUCAAUCCCUUACAUGGUGACGAAUCUAGCAACAAAAUUGCUGAUUUCUUUGAGACUUGCAAAGAGGAUUCAACAAACUGGAGCAAGAUUUCAUCUGCUGGAUUGAGGCGCAUAAAUGAAUGCUACACCUGGGAGAUUUAUGCAAACAGGCUACUGAACAUGGGAAGCUUGUACACUUUCUGGAGGACAGUGAAUAAGGAGCAAAAAGAAGCAAAACAAAAAUACAUCCAUAUGUUUUAUAACCUUUUGUUCAAGAAUUUGGUGAAGACUGUACCUUUUCCAAGUGAUGAACCUCAAAGACCAGUUUCCAAGCAGCAGACUGUUAAACAGCAGGGCUCAAGACGUGUACAAUCCACAUUGUCAAGGUUACUGGGAGCUUGAAGGUCACAGGAAUAAAGCAGAGAAAUCGAUUGAUGCAGAUUGUUGCACUGGAUGGAUACAUAGUAGUCAUGGAAUAAUGGU